UUUUUAUAAAUCGGAUCGGUAAGCCAUAUGCCCCAAUACUGAGCUAAAAAAGACGCAAAUAUCAUCGUUUUUCCAUGUUGUAUCUAAUUAUCAAAUUUGUCAAGUCGAUAAUUAAAGCCGUAAAAAUUCGGGUUGGAUAUCAUAGUUCCUCGUCAUUAAUUUUGUGAAAAUUGGUAGUAAUAACCGAACUAUCUUAAGUGGCUUUAUUUUUUUUUGAUUGUAAGGAUGGCAAAAAAUCACUUUAUUUAUACUUCUUUGAUUUUGCUGAUUCAUGCCUUAUUUCGGUGAUUGGAUUAACGGCAAUAAAUUAAUUCCUCAGCCGCAAGGUAUUUUUCCCACUGUGAAAAAACUUUUUCAUUUGUAUUAUAUUAUAAUCAGUACAUCUAUACUAGCUACACAGCCCCUCUUCCCGAGAUAUGGCUUAGCUUUCAAUAAUCACAAAUAUCUAGGAAAUUCAUCUAAAUAAUUCACAUUUUUGUUUGUUGUUUCUGAUUUAGAUCUCUUCGAUUUCCUUGUGAAUAAACCCGGGAACAAGCGCUAUCAUCAUUUUCAUCAUAACCCACACCACCACCUUCAGCAGCAACGCCCACACUGCCAC